UCCAACAUCUCUAUUGGGCUCAAGUCAGGACUGGAACCCAUGACUAGGCCGCUCCAAAAAUGAAAUUUUGAGGUUUCCACACGGCAGCUGCCUGCAAGCUCGUGUCUGCAACUAAUUACCUCAGCUGGGAGUGGAAAACACAUUUGGAAGGUGAAGAGCGAUGGCUACUCUCCGUUUCGGACAGCACAUGAUAAAGGCCUCGGCUGUGUUCCUGCGAACAGAACUGUCCUUUGCUCUGGUUAAUCGGAAGCCUGUGGUGCCAGGACAUGUGUUAGUGUGUCCUCUAAGGCCGGUGGAGCGUUUCCGUGACCUGCAGCCAAAUGAGCUGGCUGACCUUUUCAGCACCACACAGAGAGUGGCUAAUGCUGUGGAGAAACACUUCAACGCCUCAUCGUUGACCAUCGCCAUCCAGGACGGACCCGAGGCCGGACAGACGGUCAAGCAUGUUCACGUCCAUGUGCUGCCAAGGAGGGUGGGGGACUUUGAGAGAAACGACAGCAUCUAUGAUGAGCUCCAGAAGCAUGAUAAAGAGGGUGAAGAUGUUCCCUCUAAAUGGAGAUCUGAAGAGGAAAUGGCAAAAGAGGCCACGGAGUUGAGAGGCCUUUUUAAUGAACCUCUUCAGGACACUAAAGGACACCAAGAAGAAGAUCCGAUCAAAUAAUUUUACAUGAAUCGUGGUUUGUUAGGCUCUCUUUUAGCCUGAAUUUGAAAUAAAAGAUUGUUUUCCUGUGUGAAUUUUAAAAAAGCUGCAUUUGAAUGUUAGUGGAAAUUAACUUGUAUAAUAAUAAUAAAAAAUAAAUAAACAAAUAAUACAUCUACUAC